AUGGAUUUGCAGCAGAGCGAAUUUGAUCGCCUCUUGUUCUUCGAGCAUGCACGUAAAACUGCAGAAGCCGCAUACGUUGCUAAUCCUCUCGAUGCUGACAACUUGACCAGAUGGGGUGGAGCUUUAUUAGAGUUGUCUCAGUUUCAGACAUUUCCCGAAUCCAAAAAAAUGAUACAAGAAGCUGUUUCGAAGUUGGAGCAGGCACUCUUGGUUAAUCCCAGGAAGCAUGAUACUCUUUGGUGCCUGGGAAAUGCUCACACUGCAAAUGCAUUUUUAAUUCCGGACCUUGAGGAGGCAAAAAUUUAUUUUGAUAAAGCUGCUGAAUACUUUCAGCAAGCUGUUGAUGAGGACCCUUUGAAUGAUUACUAUCGCAAGUCCUUGGAAGUGGCUGCUAAGGCUCCUGAAUUACAUGCAGAAAUACACAGACAUGGAUUUGGUCUGCAGGCAAUGGGGACAGCUGCUGGACCUUCUACUUCGAGAAAAGGAGCACAAACCCGGACUAAAAAGAAGAGCAGUGACCUAAAGUAUGACAUAUUUGGAUGGAUAGUUCUGGCUGUGGGCAUUGUUGCAUGGUUGGGGUUCGCAAAAUCACAAAUGCCACCACCUCCUCCCGGAUGA